GAGAGGAAUUAACCACGUCACAUCUCACAACCCACAUUUGGUGACAAACACCUAACUGAACACACAAGAAGACAGACAAACUCAGCAACAACAUGCAUCGUGAAACAAUACUUUUUCUACUGGUUGUGAUCAUAAUGGGAAACAGCCUCAUGACUGCAGCAUUGGAUCCUAAGCCCACUGAACAGGCCAYCCUACCACAGAGGCCUGUCCUUCAGCCCAAAGAGACUGUUCCUGUCACCGGAAACUAUGUGCUGAAAGACCCUGCAGGCACGUCGUGCAUCAAACUCUCCAUGGGAGUUGAGUACAUAGUUAUUGAGAAGAAGAAACCUUCCUAUUUCAACUUAGACCCUACCACCACCAAGACUACUGGUAGAUGUGCUGAAAAAGAGUCAGUUCUCUCCCUGGCUUUUCUAGGAAAGGGAGGCUAUCUGAAUCUCACCUUUGAAAAGGAAGGGAACCUGACCUAUGUGUCAAAGAUCACAGCUAAUUUGGCACCAGGCAAAGGAAUUAAGAACUAUGCUGGGGUAAUAGAACAUGAGAAGCUGUUCCCAACUGCCGCUGGCCGCAGCCUCAAGUGCUACUCUCAGACRGAGUUUCAUCUGUCUGAAAACCUUCGAGUGAAGAUUGUGUCUCUUCAGUUCCAAGCUUUCAAACUCACCAAUGGGAAGUUUGGAGAGGAGGUUGAGUGCAGGGCUGAUUUCAUCAAGAAGAUCAUUCCCAUUAUUUUUGGUGCCACGGUUGUGGGACUCUUGCUGAUUGCUGUCCUGACCUUCCUGAUAAUCCGGGACCACCACAGACAAGCUGGCUAUGACAGGAUCUGAGAACGCUUCAUGCAAAAAACAUGAACACUUUUUAUAGCCAUGUUUUGUAUUUCCUAAAUGUUUUUUUUAUCCAUUGCUCAAUUAUACACUAUUUAUUGUUGUUUUUAAAUAUMAAAUAUUUCUGCAAAGAAAAUAUAAAUAACAUUAUUACAGUAAAAAAUAUGUGAAUGUGGUUAACACUUAUAGGAAAGCUCUGUAAGUUUUCAAUCAUAAUCAGCAAAUAUGGUCUGAAUAAUGUGGCURUAUUUUAGCAAAUAGAAUUUUGAUGCUUCCUAAUGUUUGGAAAUMAUAUUCUGGUUUGAAGAGUGCAUACAUUCCCGUGUGGCUUUAUCCAGUUGGAAAUCCAUUAUCUUCAAAUGCACGUAUAAGUAUAGAUGUCUUGAAUGCCUUUUUAUAAAAACACACUGCCCAAAAACAUAUAAUUCUGUAAGACAUUGUUAAUUCGGUCUUGAACCUCUCUGUGACCUCUCCUGAGGGUUAGUGCUAUUCGUGAUCCUUAGUAUUUCCCGACCUUAAACACUAACCAUAACCACUAACCAUAACCAUUUUACAUUUCAACUUCAAUAGUGUAGGGACACUCAAGGAUCCCGCAAAGCACGGCCAGUCCAGAGACCCGGUUGACACUAGAUAAAACACUCCACAAA